AUGGAACAAAGAGAUGAAGCGCUUCAGAAUAUCGAACAUUUUAAUAACCUUGACAUCAUCAUUCUCGGCGAUCACGACAUCGUGCCAGAAUUAUACCAACUCUGUUUUUGCCAGUGCCAAGCUCAAAUGACACAGGAGAAGGGUGGGGAAGAUGGCGAAGUCUCCAGUGAAACUCAGCUACCUGACCCUCAUCGUAUUUCCGCUAGGGAACAUUACACCGCCCUGUUCGUCGCCCGCGGUGUCGACAUCACUACACACAUUCAGAUCGGUGUUGGUGCUCUGGUGGAACCUUACCUGGCUCACAGAAUCAUUAAAUGUAAGCCUGGCAGUGGAUCGGUGGCAAUCAUUCAUCUGAAGUUGCAACUGGAUAAAUAUUUGAUUUUUUUACAGAUCCACCCGCUGAAGUCACAGGCAGAAUGCGAUCUGUUUUGCUCUGUACGGAAUGCCGACUUCGGAAUCCGUCAUUCUAGCGGACGAUUUGUAUGCGAAGGUCUGAGCAGACAGCAGACACUGGAAAGUGCAAACGUGUGA